AUGCCAACUGUACGUGUCAAGGGUUGUCGCAACGUGCACUACACAGAUGAGGCCAUAACAGCCAAAUACGUCUACCACACGACACGUGUCACCAAGGAAAAAGACGGGGACGUGACUGUGGAGCCGGUGGACGUCACGUUGCGCUUUCGCACACUUCGCAAACGAAAGACUUGUGGUCUCAUGAUGGUGGGGUGGGGCGGGAACAAUGGAACGACAGUGACGGCCGGAAUUCUGGCCCACAAGCAUGGCCUGACGUGGCGCACAAAGCGAGGGGAAUUGCAUCCAAACUAUUUUGGCUCCAUCACACAGUCUGGUACAAUGAAUUUGGGUCUGACGCGUGAAAUGAAGGAGGUAUUUGUGCCGCUGAAGGACGUUGUGCCCAUGAUAGACCCGACCGACCUCGUCAUUGGUGGGUGGGAUUGCAGUGGUUUGAACCUCGCUGAUGCUAUGCGCCGCGCCCAGGUCUUGGAUGUUGCUCUUCAGGACAAAUUGCAAGAGUACAUGAAGGACAUGCGGCCACUUCCUGCCCUUUUCGACCUCGAUUUCGUCGCAGCAAACCAAGAGGGACGUGCCGAUAACGUUAUUUCAGUGAAAAACAAGUGGGAGGCGAUGGAGCAGUUGCGGUGCGACAUCCGCAGCUUCAGGCAGGUCCAUGGGUUGGAUAAAGUAAUUGUGCUCUGGACAGCCAACACCGAGCGCUUCUCGGAACAUGUUGCGGGUAUACAUGACACCGCUGACAACCUUCUGGCUGCGGUGAAGCGCAACGAAAAGGAAAUUGCGCCAUCUGCACUCUACGCAAUGGCGGCCAUCUUGGAGCGGUGUAGCUACAUUAACGGUGCACCGCAGAAUACGCUCUGCCCGGGUCUUAUUGAACUUGCCCGUCGACAAGGUGUGUUUGUCGGUGGAGAUGACUUCAAGAGUGGGCAAACGAAAAUCAAAAGUGCUUUGGUGGAAUUUUUUGUUGCGGCUGGCAUCAAACCCGAGUGCAUUGCAAGCUACAAUCAUCUUGGAAACAACGACGGACAUAAUUUGGCUGCACCGAAGCAAUUCCGCUCGAAAGAAAUUACAAAGAGCAGUGUGGUUGAUGACAUGGUGGCGUCCAACGAGGUGCUGUAUCCGGCUGGCAGCAAGGGACCCGAUCACUGUAUCGUCAUUAAAUACAUGCCAUACGUGGGCGAUAGCAAGCGUGCCAUGGAUGAAUACAGUUUUUCCAUCUUCAUGGGGGGAGCACAGACAGUGGUGUUGCACAACACCUGCCAAGACUCUCUCUUAGCGGCGCCGCUUAUUAUUGAUUUAGUUGUUUUGACCGAGCUAAUGGAACGCGUUUUUGUCAAGGCAGAGAGUGAGGAGGCUAAUGAGAACGAUGAGGAUCUUAACUCCUAUGCCCACGUGGAUACAGUGUUGUCAAUUUUAUCAUAUCUCCUAAAGGCGCCCUGCGUGCCUGAGGGCGCCCCCGUGGUGAAUGCAUUGAAUCGACAGAAGCAAGCCAUUGACAAUGUGUUGCGCGCCCUUGUGGGGAUUCCGCCUGAGAAUAACAUGCUGCUUGAGUGCAGUCUCCCCUUCUUGCGUGGAGUGACCCCAGCAUAG